GGGCCCGGGCCCCGUUCUCCCGGCGUGCCCCGCGCCGCCGCCGCCGCCGCCGCCCCGUGCAGGGCCGCGCCCCGCCGUGCCCCGCGGGCGGCCAUGCUGCGGCCCAAGGCGCUGACGCAGGUGCUGAGCCAGGCCAACACCGGCGGCGUCCAGAGCACGCUGCUGCUGAACAAUGAGGGCUCGCUCUUGGCCUACUCGGGCUACGGGGACACGGACGCCCGCGUGACGGCGGCCAUCGCCAGCAACAUCUGGGUGGCCUACGACAAGAACGGGCACCACGCCUUCAACGAGGACAACCUGCGGUUCAUCCUGAUGGACUGCAUGGAGGGGCGCGUGGCCAUCACCCGCGUGGCGAACCUCCUGCUGUGCAUGUACGCCAAGGAGACGGUCGGAUUUGGGAUGCUGAAAGCCAAGGCGCAGGCGCUGGUGCAGUACCUGGAGGAGCCGCUGACGCAGGUGGCCGCAUCCUGAGCGGGGCCCGCGGUGCCACGGCUGAGCAGCAGCAGCGCCCGCGCGGGGGGAACCAUCCCGGGAGCACGGCCCCGCUGCUGGGGCAGGGGGAGCAGGGAAUAAAAACACGUCUGGUGCUCGUGUC